AUGGCUCCAGUACUCCCUCACAUUGACAUUCCCGACCUCAAAUUUUCCUCACUCGAACUCGAUGCACGCUCAACAAAGGCAGAAGAAUCACCCGUCACUUCUUUCCUCAAACGAGAUGUCUUUUCUGCUGGCAUCGACAAUCCCUUCCUACCCCGGAGUGAUGACUCGUCACCAAUCCUCUCUCCGAUCGACACAUACCAUGUUCUCGCCGCAAGAGAUGCAAAGCCCACGGCGGAUCCCAAUCCAGGCGCAGGAUCCGUCGACCCCAACGACAUCAACAUGAAAGGCAUCCAAGCUCUGUUUGCCAUCAUCGGAGCUGCCUUCGCACUGGGUGCGAUCUGGUUCUUCUUCUGGGCCAAAAAUGGUGGCUUCCAGUGGCGAAAGGGUGACUGGGACGAAUACAAAUCUACGGUUCUGAGACGAAAGGGCCCCAACGGUACCACAUUGAGCAAUGCAACUAAGAGCACCAUACUCGGAGGCGGCAGUGUCGUUGGAGACGGCUACUCGGACAAGGACACCGCUAGCAGGACAGAUGGGACCAUGUCAGAGGGAAUGACCGAGACUGGGACCGUCAUGUCCUCCGAAGCACCUAUCAUCAAAGAGAAGCAAUCCAGGAAGAAGAAGAAAGAGACUGCCAAAGAGAAGAAAAUUCGUGAGCAGAAUGCUGCAGCUUGGGAAGGCGGCCAUGACGAUGACGUUCGUGCCUAUCGCCACGAAAAAGCUGCACGUGUGGGAGGUCUCAACAAGGAUUCAGACGCUCAAUUCUAUGGAACAGAUUACAGCGAGACCGACCGGACUGGCAGCGACGUGUACAGCAACAGCAGCAGCAACCCUGUACCCACUUCGCGUCAACCCAGCCCCGACAAGCGCACAUCUCGCCGAGACUUUUCCUACAGCCAGGAAGAGAGUUUCAACGUUUCGCAUCCUCCGCCUCCACCGGUUCAUGCUCCUUCCCAGGGGCCUCGUCCAGCCAGACACCAGUCACCAGAGAAGAACCGAACCGCCCAGCGUCCUAUCCGCCACGUGCCUGGGUCUAUUCAUGUUCCUGGAUCGUACGCCGAGCCUCUAGAUUUCGAUGUCCAAAGCGUUCAAAGCCAGAACACCAAGAGCUAUCACCAUCCUCUUCCCAGCCUGAGUGGUCAGCCACAGCCGAAGGCCAAUGGAUACAGACGAGACAGACGAGACACUCUGGAUGACUGA